GCUCUUUCUUUCUCUUCCUUUGUGUAUGUUAUUUUGUAGUGUUUACUUGUCUUUCUCUCACAGUUCUUACCAUUUUUAUUUUCAUUUUUUAGUUAAUCGCUGUGUCUAAAUUAAAAUGAUAACGUCAUACAGAAUGAGAUUAAUUAUUUAUCUGUUUGACUACCUAUUACUUUGUAUCUUUUAAUUUUAUAAUAUAUUUGGAACUUCAUCAAUAAUUCCUUUAAUGGGUCAAAAUUUUUAUUUAGCUUGUUGUCAUUAACUUUUCUUCCUCCAGUCAACAGCAAAAUUUUUUUGUAAAUCUACUUCUUUUAUUCUAUUGUUGAUUCAAUCUAUGUUGAAGUAAAAGGAUGUCCAGGGUUCGCCAUUACAACCAAAUUAAUAUCUGGAAUAUAGAUCACAGGAAACAUUUAAUUACUAUCUUGCUGUUAUUGUUGCUACUUUCACUUGCUGUUGUUAAUGUCAGUGGUUUAUGACAACCUCUCUCUUCUCUAUUUAUAUCUCCAUUCAUAUCUUGCUGCUUAUUUCAAAACUUACUCUCUUGACUACCAGUUCAAAUUGUGAUUGCAGAUCUAUCAAAAUGUCUACCCGUUGGAGUAAUGAGAAAGUCACCGCGGAACACAAAGACAUCGAAGCUGAUGUCAUGUCGAUCCAUUCCAAAGGUCGUUACGUUGCUUUGUCAAAUUCAAGAAACAUCUAUAUUAUCGACAUUGACAACCCGUCCAAGAUAGCUCGGUCGGUUGCACGAUCAUCUAAAUGGGACGUUACAGCUUCCGAAUGGAGUCCUCAUAAAACUAGUUAUCUUGGUCUAAGCUAUUAUCACUACAUUGCGGUUUAUUCAUUUGCCGAUGUCAAUUCGGAUAAAGGAAUAGUCUCUGAUACAAGGCGAUUUCAAAGAAAUCCUGAACCCGAAAUAUUGUUGAAGGGUCACCGUAGAGUUGUUACUGACUUUAACUGGGCUCCUUUUGAUCAAAACCUUUUGGCAUCAUGUUCCAUGGACACUUUCGUUUACGUUUGGGAUCUCAGAGAACACCGAAGACCUUGUUUAGGAUUUUCAUCUGUAGUUGGCCCAAGUCAAGUCAAAUGGUCCAAGUCUGAUGAAAACAUCUUAGCAACAGCAUUAGAGGGGGACAUUCGGAUUUGGGAUAAAAGGAAAAUCGCCAAUCCUGUACACUAUAUUUCAGCUCAUGAUCAACGUAUUCAUGGACUUGACUGGAAUCCGUAUAAUGCCACACAAUUUGCCACUUGUAGUCAGGAUUGUACAGUCAAAUUUUGGGAAUUAUCAACUGUUAUUCAAGAAGAGCCAGUUGUUUUGCCCACCAAACUUCCGGUUUGGCGAGCUAAAUUUACUCCAUUUAGAGAUGGAUUGAUCACAGUAGUGGUACCGCAACUUCGACGGACUGGUGACAUCAAUUCGUUAUGGCUAUGGAAUACAAACAAUUUAGAGCAACCUGUGCAUUCUUUUUUUGGUCCAACCGAUGUAGUCAUUGAUUUUGGGUGGCGUUGGAAACCAGAUAUCAGCGCUGCUGAGCUAGUCACAUGGUCUAAGGAUAGUACCCUUCGUAUAUGGACUGUAGAUAAACCCAUUUUAUCAUUAUUCAAUGAAGUUAGAGUCGUCGACCCACUUGAUUAUUCACCGGCUGGAGAAGUUGAAAAUAGGAGUAUAUUUAUUUGUAAUACAAUAAAUAUUGGUAUGACCUCUCCUCAAGCUCAGGGAAAAAGUGAUUCGAUCCGACUUUUGGAUAACAAAGUGCAAUACACACCAAAUAGUGAUAUUAGUGAACGUAAUACUCCCGAUCGUGGAAAAAUACCUUUACAUGAGAUAAAUAAUCAAGCCAAAUCAUCUGAAUCUAAGGAUAUUUUAAUUAAUUACAAAACCAAGUCAUUUUCGCCAUCUUCAACAAAAUCUCAGAACUACAAGGCAGCUUCUGUUGAACCCAUUUCCUCAGGAUUACUAACUCCACCUGAUCUUCAAGAUGAAUUUGCUCUUAUGAAUCUAGAAUCUUAUCAAUUUACUAGUUCAAAUUUAAGAAUUGAUGAUUUUAAUCCAAUUAAACGUUAUUGUAUAGUCAGUGUGGAAGCAUCAUACAAAUCUGGCCUUCGAGUUAAACUCAAAGUAACUUUUCCCAAUUCCUAUCCUAAUGGUAUUGCACCAACGUUCGAGAUUCUUGACGAUGGUGAAUUGGACAAAGUUAGACGCAGUGAGAUUCUUCGUAUCUUAAGUAACACAGCACAAAAACAAGUCAAGCAAAACCGUCCGUGCUUAGAACCCUGUCUAAGAGAUUUUGCUACUGCAUUAGACCGUAAAGUCAACCUGAACGUUAGCUCUCUUCCCAACAACGCGACAAGCACCUCUUCAUCUGACUACUCAACUCUUUAUGGUAGUUUCCAUGAUGCCCAAGUUCCUUUUCCAAAAAUUUGUGGAGCUCGUUUUUGUGGAGCUGAUCUUUUAAUUUGUUUUGGAAAGAUGUCUUAUUUCCAGCGGAUUAAUGAUUCAAAUGACCAUACACCUAGAGCCUUAUCUGAUUUAUCAGCUUAUUUGCAAACUAAUUACCGUCCUCUUGCGCCGAUGCCAGUUAAAUCUUUCACAGAUUUUGGUAAAUCUCAAGAUAAUUAUUCAAUAUCAUCAUUCCCUUACUAUUAUGGUGAUGAUUCAAAAUUGCGCCGUUUCCAGUCUCAAGGAUUAGAACGGUCUUACAUAUCAUUAGCAAGUAUGCGUUGUGGCCCAAUUACCAUUUAUAAUGCUUCGGAACUAAUGCCUUGUAACCGUAGAUUAGCUGAAAAGUAUAUUUUCAAUUACAAAAGUAGAGUGGAAAUGUGUCAAAAAAAUGCUGCAGUUGCAUAUGAAGAGAACCGGAAAGAUCUUCAUCAAACAUGGAAUCUUGCUAUGCUUUCCUGCGAUCCUAUUUUAAACUGGAACUCUUAUAAUCAUCUUAGCACUGAUGCACCAUGGGCCACUCACCCGUUUGGACGUAAAAUGAUUCAAUCUUUGAUUGACUUCUACCUUUUAACAAUGGGAGACAUUCAGACUGCAGCUAUGUUAUGCUGUUUAUUUUCUUCACGAUGUACAAAUUGUGGUAAACUAGGCUGUCCUCAGCGCUGUACUUCUGAAUAUGACGGUAGUUUAAUUAAUUAUGUGCUUCCAAAACUCUUGAGAAAGCUGUCAAAGCCUGGAGAAUCAGGAUGUAGUACAAUUUCCGAACAAUCAACCUCGACUACCCCAGUUGUUACGAAAAUAUCUGAUGAUUGGAGCAUAAUUUCUGCAAUAAAAAGUUUCAAACGAAAUCGAUCAAACUCUUGGAGUGAUUCAGUUGAAAAUGAAUUACAUUCUCCUCAUGCUAUUCUUGACUCGUAUCGUUACAAUUGUAACGAGAUGGCUUUAUUAAGAGACCAAAGAGAAGCUGAAAAGGCUGAAAUUUAUGGUAAAAUGUUGGAUCCUCGACUAAACCUUUAUUUUGAUUGCAUUAAACAAAUGUACGGCGAUUUACUUCUUCGUUGGGGUUUACUUGGUAAACGAACCCAACUAAUGAAAUAUGUACAAGACAACUUUAACUUUCAACAAGAUGAUACCUUACGAUCAAUUAACAUUAUCUCUAUAUGUCAAUAUUGUUCAAACCACUGUCCAACUUCAUCAUCAAGUCAAUGCAUGGAGUGUAAAAGAUUAAAUCUUAAUUGUUCACUUUGUAAUAUAUCCGUUCGAGGAAUAGUCAGCUUUUGUCAAGUCUGUGGCCAUGGAGGACACGCAAAGCACAUGUUCAACUGGUUCACUAAUAAUGAUAAUUGUCCUACAGGUUGUGGGUGUAAAUGUAUUUUAGAAGAAAAAAAUAUCUAAAGUUACUCUCACACACAAAUAAUUUAUCUCAACUUAUCAUUUAAUGUUACUUUUUUAUUUCUUUGUAAGAGAUCAUUUCAUUUUGAUAAAGAUAUAAUUUAAACUCUUGAA